GCGCGGCUGCAGCUCCAGGCGGUUGAGAGUCACAGCCGGCGGGACGCACGAAGCAGGAUGGGCUGCAGGCACAGCCGGCACAGCCGCACCAAGCGUGCGGAGAAGGUGGAAGAGACACAGACAGAACUCCUGGAGACACUGGACAGAGAAGGAAGGCUCCUGGAAGGAAGGCAUGAGGAGGCUGGGCAAGUCCCACAGACAUCGAAGGCACAGGAGAAAGACACUCUUAGUGACUGCAUCCAAGAGACCGAAGCCUCGCUGCAGCUCUACAGUGAGAGGUCGUCCUGGACUGUUUCAAGCCUUAGAUGCAAUGGAUUCAGCCUGCUCUGCUGCACAGUAUACGAUGUAGGCCAGAAUCGCAGUGAAGAACCUUGGCCCUCCCGUUUUUUAUUGGAGGCCACGCAAGCCAAGAUGAACAAGGUGGACGGGUCCAUCCUUAGCCGACUCUAUAAAAACCACAUCCAGGAUUAUGGGAGCCCUGGACCGUUCUGGGAGCAAGAGCUGGAGAGUUUGCACCAUGUUAUUGAGAUGAAGAAUGAGCGGAUUCAUGAGCUUGAGAAGCAGCUCUUGCUCCUGGAGAUGCUGAAAGAAAAAAAUCUGAUCUUAGCACUGAAAAACACCACCCUGCGGCAGGAGGUUGAGGACCUACAAUUCCAAACUGGGAACAAGUUGGCCAUGUCAAGGCAGCUCCGAAAAGACCUACUUCAGGGCCUUGAAAAGGAGUCACAGAACGGCCACUGCUGCAGCAGACGAAGGAGCCACUGAACCAUCUGAGUCCUUAAGGCUAGCGCCUCCUCGCCUCCUCCGUGUUACCUUGCCCUCUGCUACACCUCAAAGCCUCUGCCCUCAGUGUAAAAGGCACAGGGCCUGGGCUCACCGUGGUUCCCAGAGUCACCACUCCCUCCAAAGACUCUGUGGAGAAGCAAGCAAGAGCCACGUCAUUCUUCUCCCAGGAUGGACGAGGUGGGGGGAGGAGAGAAGCUCCUAUAAAGCUGAUGGGGAAGAUUAGGUCACCAAGACCACCCCAAGAAGUGCCUUUCCUUAGUUGGGGCAGGGAACAAGCAGGUAGUUAUCUUCCUCCCUUUGCUCUGUCCUCAUGAGGACAUUCAAGAUUUCUCCCAUGGCAGCAGGAGCCAUUUGCAGCAUCUAACAAAGAGGGGACAACCCCAACCCCAGACCGUCAGCUUUGCUGACAAUUUGCCAGCCCGUCAAACUCUUACUGUCACACCCAUGACUCUGACUCAGAGAAAAACUGUAAAAGACACAAUCCAAGAAAAAGGAACACAGUGUUGUAUUUACUGAGUGGGGUCUCGACAUGUAGCCUAACCUUGAACUCAAAGUCAUCCUUCCUCAGUCUCCUGAGUGCCGGCAACAUGGGCGUGUGCUAUCACAUCCAGACAGAUAAAGGGUUGGAUCUGCUGUAGAGCUGAGUGCUGUUACUAUUUUUAAGCAUAUUUAUCUAAGGUCCUAAUGUGAAAAUUAAUUUUUUUUAUUAAAAUAAAACUCUAUUUUCACGUUCUUUUCA